CAGUUACAACUGUUCUUUAGCUUCUAAGACACUUGUUAUUGUAUGGCCGCCAAUUCGCAGAGCCGAGGGAUCGCGAAGUUAGGUAAGCGAUUCAUCAACCAGAUCUCGCUCGGGAGCAGCCGUGAUCUUGCUCGCGUUUCUUCCUCCCAAGCCUCUGCGCUGAGGAGGGGAAUGCACGUCUCUUCCUACGACAAGGAGAUUGAUGAUCAGGUUCGCCCAAGUGUGGUACCGGACGAUUUGAUCGAUCCUGCAUCAGAGAAGUACUGGGCUCCGCAUCCACAGACUGGGGUCUUUGGCCCCUCGACGGAGCACAUCAGUGCUGCCGGAGGGGAUCGUGGCUUCCAUUUCCCUCCAUCAAAUGGUGAGAGUUCCGUUUUGGAGCAGAAAGCCUGGUUUCGUCCCCUGGAGGACGUGGAGAAGCCCAAACAGUUCUGAAGUAGAGGCAAAAUUUUUGCUUCUCAAAUCCAGCAAGAACCAAUAUAUAGAUAAAUAAAUAUUUGCUAAUAGUCUAGUACUCACUAUACUACAGUGGAGUGAAUACACGAAUGGUGUGUACGUAUUCAUUUUCAUCUGUCUGUAGCGUAUGUAGAUCAUAUUAUAUGUGAUAUGUCUAGUGCAUCUAAUAUGUCUGUGUGGUUAUGUGCAUUUGCAAGGACUAGCUUGUAUCUGUAUCUCCAAGUAAGGAAAUAUUGUGU